AAUUUACAUUGCAGCCCAGGCCCGUAACAAUUGUCGUCGUGUUCGUGACGGAAGGUUUUUCUUCUUUCUCAUCUCUGCAACUGCAAAAAUGGAGAUGAAGAUGGAAGAAUGCGAGGUAAUAGAUUUAUACGAACUUCACUAUUCCGACUUAUCAUCAUCAACUAAAGUAGAUUCUAUAAUGGAAGCACUCGGAGCCAAUGGUCCCGGCCUCCUCGCCGUCACCGGCAUCCCCAACUCGUCCAACCUCCGCUCCUACCUCCUCCCACUCGCUCGAAAUCUCUCUCUUCUCGAUCGCCUAACCCGUAAUCGCAUCCUCAAGGAGCAUAACUUAGGUAGUGACGUGUCUUUGAAAAAUCCCCAUAGGAGUGUAUCUUCUUUCGCUAUGCAAUUGAAUUAUUCAAAAACACAUUCUGAAGAGAAAGAUAAAGAUAAAGAUAAACCUCAAUGUUAUGGUAAUGGAUUCGAGAGUCUAGGAAGUGUUUUUCAAGAGCUGGGAUUUUGCAUGAUGGAGGUUGGACUUUGUCUUGCUAGAAUCUGUGAUAAGGCAAUUGGUGGAAAUGAACUAGAGCAAAGUUUGUUGGAAUCACUUGCUGCCAAGGGUCGUCUUAUUCAUUAUCAUUCUCAAUUGGAUGCGAUACUCAUUCAACAACUUGAUAAGAGCAAGGCGAAUAACAAAAGAGGGGUUAAGAAUAAUAUCAAGCCAUUGGAAGUGUCGUGUUUGGAUUCUGUUGCUUGUGAUGAUGCAGUUCGUUCUGAUUUGUGGCAACAGUGGCAUUAUGAUUAUGGUAUAUUUACUGUUCUAACGGCGCCUCUUUUUCUUUCUCCGUCUUAUUCGAAGUCGAGUACAACACUGGAUUCAUGUAGUUGUGUUGAAUGUGCAUCACCCACCGGGCAUACUAAUUUGCAGAUAUAUGAUCCUAAUAAGAAAAAGGUUGUUGUGGUUAGGGCUCCUCCUGAAAGUUUUAUUGUUCAGGUUGGGGAAUCAGCUGAUAUAAUCUCGAAAGGGAAGCUACGAUCGACCCUUCAUUCGGUUUAUAGACCUUUGAAGUUUGAAAAUUUGAGCAGAGAAACUUUUGUUGUAUUUCUGCAGCCUGCAUGGACUAAAGUUUUCUCUAUCUCGGAUUAUCCUCUUGGAAAAUCGGCAUUCGAUGGGGUUAAUGGUCGUGAGUUUGACGAUGAAGAACAAUGGUCUGGGCAGGAUAACAACAAACUGAGUCUGGAAAUUCAGAAAAUAGUUCCCCCACUUUCCUCACGGUUGAAGGAUGGGAUGACUUUUGCCGAGUUCUCACGUGAAACAACAAAGCGGUAUUAUGGUGGUAAUGGUUUGCAAUCAAAUAGAUGACUCUAACUCGAUUGGGUUCACGAUGUAGCAGAAUAUUUUAAGUCCCAGUGCUUAUCGUAAAUCCUGUGAAGCAACAAAUACUAGCCGUUAGGUGGAUAUCCCGCUGUAAUUCGAAACAAAUGCCAGUUCUGUUGCCAAAGCAAUAGACUUGAACAGCUAACCUUAUUGAUGAUGUAUUACAGUACUUUUCUCCUUUCAAUAAUUACCAUAUUUUUGCAAGGUGAAUUAGAUAAUAGUGAAUUUGUUGACUAGUUUGAAUUAA